AUGUGGAUAUUUUGUUUUCUCCUUGUGUUAAGCCUUCUCCUGAGUACGAUUUAUGUGGAGAUGGAAGGUAAGAAUUCGCUGGCUAAAAUUCAUAUUGUCCUUAAACAAGCAUCCCUAGCAGUACUUAAAAAGAGAAACGGGGACUUUUUUGUGGCUAGGAAAUGGGGAACAUCUAUUAAGAUUUAUAAAGAGGCCAAUCGCUAAAAAGGCCAAUCGCCCGCUUUAUUAUAGUAAAUACAGUAUUGUAGUUGUGUAUAAUA